ACUCUGGCCACGGCUCAGUCUGCAGAGAAACGUGCGUGGAUCUCUUUGGUGUGGUACGGAUCGUGUCUUUCAUCUUGUAUCUUUCGGUUGUGUAGUGUGUGCCUUUUGUGGGUGGGUGGAAAAUGCAUUUUCCUGCUUUUGAUGACUUCUAUCAGCGACUUUUGUUUCUGCUGCCGUUUGCAACGAAUUUUGGUACUGUAGAGCGAAAAUUCAGCUACGUUGAUUCCACCAAAUGGCAUGAAACGUUUCCCCUCUGUGGCGGGGCAGAGCAGUCGCCGAUUGCCAUCAGUAGACACAAGGUGAUACCCAUUGGCCUGCCUCCCUUGCAAUUCGCUGGCUACGACGAGCUGUUCCAAGAUCUCUUGAGAAUACAAAACUCAGGACAUACAGUUAAUUUUUCCAUUCCUCCCACGGUCUUUGGGGAGCGUCCCUCUGUGACUGGCGGCCUGCUGCAGGACUUUUACGAGGCCAGGGAGGUGCACUUCCACUGGGGCUCACAGCAGAGCAAGGGCUCAGAGCAUUUGCUCAAUGGCCGGAGGUACGAUCUGGAAAUGCAUAUUGUGCAUCGCAACACCAAGUACAGCACCACUGAGGAGGCACGAAACAACACCGAUGGCCUGGCUGUGCUGGCAGUGCUCUUCAAGGUGGUUCGGACAGGGCCCUCCUUCUACCAGCCAGGACUCACCGAGAUCUUUGGAUCGCUGCUGCACCUGGGAGACUUCAACAGCACCUAUGUACCUCCAGUUCUGAUCACACUCGGAUCGCUCUUGAGCAAUCUGGAUCGGGGGAACUUUUACUGCUACAAGGGUUCGCUGACAACGCCCCCCUGUUCGCCCUCUGUGCUGUGGCACGUGUUUGCCGAGGUGCUGCCCAUCUCCCACCAGGAUCUGCCAAAGUUCUGGCAACUGCGGAACCGCCAUGGCCGACCAUUGCUCAACAACUUCCGGCCACUACAGUCGCAGGAGACGCGACAGGUCUUCCAUCGGCGGCCAGCAGAUCAGUGGCUCUGGAUAUAAUGGUUAAAUAAUUAAAGAUAA